GAAGAAGAAGUUCUUCUUCUGGAGUUCACUUGUUGAAUGACAGCAGAGAAAAGUUUGCAGAUUUCUCUGUUUUGGAACAACAUUCCUGUCCUGCGUGGAUUAUCCGUGUCCGCGUCCCCUGACUGUGAAAUCCGCCCGGAAAUAUGCGGGAUCGAACAAAGGAAUUAGGAAACAACCCGGAUGGUUCCGACGAGGACGAGGAGGGUAAAGCUCUGAUGAUCAAACCUGGAACCACUUCAGCCCGAGAUGAGAAGGAGAACGAGGUUUUCUUCAGGAAGGUGCAUGAAAUCAACGAGGGGCUGCAGAACCUCCGAAGGGUGGUGUCCCACCUGGAGAACAAGCAGAAGACGGUGCUGGGCGUGGCGCUGCCGGAGGACAGUAUGAAGAAAGAGCUGCAGACUCUGCGAGAGGAGGUGAAAACACUGGCGAGCCAGAUCCAGAGGAAGCUGAAGAGUAUUGAACCCAAGAAGACCGACGACGAUGGAAAAUACAUUCCCAUAAAUGUUCGGAUGCAGCGCACUCAACACGGCGUCCUGUCCAAGGAGUUCGUGGAGCUGAUGGGCCACUGCAACACCAUCCAGGCCCAGUACCGAGACCGCAACGUGGAGAGGAUCCAGCGGCAGCUGAAGAUCACUGGCACCAACGUGACGGACGAGGAGCUGGACACGAUGCUGGAGAGCGGCCAGACGGAUGUCUUCACGCAGAACAUCCUGAUUGAUGCUCAAGCUACGCGGCAGGCUCUCAACGAGAUCGAGUCCCGCCACGAUGAGAUCCUGAAGCUGGAGAGGAGCAUCAGAGAUCUGCACGACAUGUUCCAGUACCUGGCCAUGGAGGUGGAGGCCCAGGGGGAGAUGGUGGACCGGAUUGAGACCAACAUCAAGCAGUCCUCCAACUACGUGGAGAAAGCCAAGGAAAACACAGAGCAAGCCGUCACGUACCAGCAGAAAGCUCGCAAGAAAAAAUUCUGGAUUGCCAUCUGCUUAGCCAUCCUCAUCCUCAUCAUCGUCAUCGCCGUGGCCACCAGUUUCAGCUAGUAGCAGCGGCUGUAGGGCAGUUCGGCAGGAACGCCUCCGAUCAAAGAAAGGAAAGAUCCCAUUCGUGUAAAUACGGCAGCGUCAGAGUACACGGGUGGACUUCAUCAGUGGAUUGAUGGUUCACACUUGUCUUCCUCUAACAUGAAAAGGUGUGCAUUAGUGUCUAAACUCAACCAACAUCCUUCCCGUUUCACUGAGAACAAAUGACCUUGAAGUGUCCUUGAAGGCACGUUGCAGUAUUGAAACCCGACUCUGGCGCCGAUCAUGCUGCACUCAGGAAAACCCUCAAUCCUUGUUACGCUUCUGGAUGAAUUGGAAAUGUAAGGAACUACUUUCUAGGCAGUUACAGAGAAUAGACUAAUAUAAUUGUAAAUAACGAGUAUUGCUGGGGAUUUAUGCAGUGCGUUUCUCAAUGCCUUCAUGUAACUAUUGUACAUACAUUUCUUCUCUGGUGUGGAAUAGAACCCUCACUUGUCUCAGCACUGCACACAAGAGGCGUCAGCAGCCGCCCCCCCCUAAUUUGAACAUUAUUUUAGCUGCUAUAAACAGUUGUCACAACGGUGCCUCGUCUGUCCAACAUGAGCUGAGAUGUGCUGAUGUGCACCAACGUCAAGAAGGGAUGGAGUCGGUUCUGUUGGUCUCGGUUCUGCUUACUGGACCUGUUGGUGUUGGGAUGGAGGACAUCUGUCAGGAAAGAUGAGCCAACAGCUGGAACAAGUCCAGUUCUCCUUUAGUUUAAUUUGAAAUCAGAACUUUUCUACUGCAUCAUUUUACAUCCCUUGUUUGUUUUUAAAUAAAAUACUCUUAUUCUAUUA